AUGAAAUUUGUUGACGAGAGCCAGCGAACUUAUUUUCAAGUCAUUUCGACAUCAUACUACACGUCUAACUUUGCUUAUCCAUACUCAAUCACGACUUUCGCAAAAGGUGUUGAGUUGAAAUUUAUACGGACCCCUUAUCUUCUUAGAUUUAUAGAUUUCUCAAGUAAUAGAUUUGAAGGAGAGAUUCCAGCAGGUGUCAUUGGGAAUCUAAGAGGCCUUCUUUUCCUUAACCUUUCCAACAACGCUCUCACUGGUCUCAUCCCAUCAUCUUUAUGGAACUUGACAGCUCUUGAAUCGUUGGAUCUCUCCCGAAACCAGCUCUCAGGAAGGAUCCCCAAUAAUUUGGCACAACUCACUUUCCUUGAAUAUUUCAAUGUAUCCUAUAACCAUCUUUGGGGUCCUAUACCACUUGGCCAACAAUUUGGUACAUUCCUAGAAGAUUCAUACCAGGGAAACAAAGGUCUGUGUGGAAAGCCCUUGUCAAAGAAAUGUGAUAGCUCAAUAUUGCUACCACCAUCAAUCUUUGAAGAAGAUGAAGAUUCCGGGUUUCAAAUUGCACUAGAUUGGUAUGUGGUUCUGCCAGGAGUUGUUAGUGGUCUAAUAGUUGGAGUGGUUGCUGCGAACUUUUGGACAAGCAAGAAUCAUGAAUGGUUUUCAGAGAAAUUUAGCAGGAAGAGGCAGCCAAGAGGCACCCGGGGAAGGAGAGGACACAGAAACUAA